CCCGCCGCUCCAUCCUGCUACGCAACUCCUUCCUCCUCUUUCACUAUUCCUUCUUCUUUACAUUCACUAUCAUUCUCAAGCAAUCAAGUGAGACACUCACAGACAGCGCCACGCUCAGUUGCUCCUCUCACACUCUUGCCCUCCCUCCCUAGGCCACUCGUCCGUUCAUCAAAGCCGCCGUCGUCGUCUGCACCGACCUCCAAAUUGGGCAAGUCACCUCCUCAUCACUGAUUGCUCUCCCACGCGCCGCGGCAGCACGCGAACGGUGUCUGUGCACGAUACAGAUUAUACAAUGUCGCCAUCGGUAAAUGGCCACGACGCGAUCCCAGAGACAAUGCGGCGCGGUGACUCGCUCACACGUCAAAGGAUGGGAUCGAGCCCUCAUCUAAGUCACAUCUUGAGCGUCGGUAAUGGCCGCGUUCUCAGUCUCGCUGCCGACGAGAAGCACGUCUACGCCGGAUGCCAGAGCCGUGACAAUGAGAUUACGGUCUUCUCCCGCUCUUCCUUGCAGCCCCAGUUCAGGCUGCUUGGGCACGAGGGAAGUGUGCUUGCGCUUCUGAUCGUCAAGGAGAAGGGGUGGCUCGUGUCUUCCAGCAGUGCAGGUGAUGUUCGCAUCUGGUCAACCAAAACUUUCCGGCCGCUCUAUAUCAUACACCCUUGCGACAACACUUCUGGUGACAUUUACUCGCUCGCUUGGGAUGACAGGGCAGGCGGCACCCUCUACUUUGGCGCCCAGAACACGUCAAUUGAGUGGGUCAAUUUCGGCAAGCCCCUGGGAAAGAGUGCAAACGGAGGAGUUCCCUCACUCGUGGCCGUGUCGCAAAGCUUGAGCAUUCAGCAGAGCAAUGGCGCAUCCACACCGAGCCAGCGGUCGGGGCGGUACAAACCGCAUUCCUUCUUUGACACACCUCCUGCCGAUGUGCGCAGCGGGACAUCUACACCACGUACGCCAUCAGCGCAGCCGAUAUGCGCUGGGAGGUCCACGUAUCUCUCCGUUGAGAGAGAGGUGGAAGCCGAGCGCGAGGCGGUCGAAUUCGAAAUUGACUGCGACUCAAUCGUAUUCUACGCCCACUAUGGGUAUGUGUACGCGCUGGAGAUGAUCAAGCGACCUGACUGCGCGCGCUGGCUCGCGAGUGGCAGCGGUGACUCGGACAUCAAGAUCUGGGAGUGCGCUCCCGGCGGUGGCCUGACCCUCGUGCGCGAGUUUAAUGGCUUGACCGGGGCCGUUCUGAGCUUUGCCUACCGCGACUCGCUCCUCUAUGCUGGGCUGCAGGACGGCGAGAUUGACGUGUGGGAUCUCGAGACGGGUGCGCGCAUCCGUACUAUCGAGGCGCACGAGUCGGAUGUCAUGGCCAUGGCAGUCCAUGGGAGCGACGUGUACACCGGCGCUGCCGAUGGGCGCGUGCUUCGCAUCAACGGCGCAUUCGACUGCACGGCCGCGUUUAACGCGCAUGGCGACUCUGUGCUGGCAUGCUCCGUCGUCCGCGCCGCCGCCGGCCCAGGGUACGAGCUUGUCACUGCUGGCAACGACUCGUUUGUCAAGAUUUGGACAUCACUGGGGACCUCGCUAAAGUCCAUUCACGAUACGGACGUCGAGGUAGAUCUUGAGAGCAAUGCCGACGUCAUGCUGUACGCACUGUCCAAGCUCGUGGCGAUCCCGACCGUCUCCGACGAGAAGCACCGCGAGAGCUGCAGGCAGGGGGCGCACCUUCUGCACAAGAUACUGGGGCAGCUUGGCGCUCGCUCCGAGAUGCUGUCUGGCGACCCAGGGAAAAACCCGCUCGUGCUCGCGACCUUCCAGGGGCGCGACACUGGCAAGCCUCGCAAGCGCGUUCUGUUCUAUGGGCACUACGACGUGCAGCCUGCUGGUGAAAAGGACUGGGAAAGCGAUCCAUGGGAGCUCAACGGGCGGAAUGGGUACCUGUAUGGUCGUGGUGUGAGUGACAACAAGGGUCCAGUCCUUGCGGUUGCGUGCGCAGCUGCGGCGCUGCAGCAGCGCCGGGAACUUGACGUCGACCUCGUCAUGAUCGUCGAGGGGGAAGAGGAAGCUGGCUCGCGUGGGUUCGCCAACUCGGUGCGCAAGCACAAGGACAGCAUCGGGCACAUCGAUGUUGUAUUCUUGGCCAACUCGACGUGGAUUGACGAGGAGGACCCAUGUGUCGUCUACGGCAUGCGUGGCGUUGUGUAUGCUCAACUCAUGGUGCAGAGCGGUGGUGAAGACGCGCACAACGGUGUGGAGGGUGGAUUGGUCAAGGAGCCGAUGUUUGACCUCGUGCAGCUUCUGUCGAGCUUGGCGGACACCAACGGCGUCAACGUGCCCGGCUUCUACGACAAGGUGCGACCCAAAACGGAGAUGGAGGCGCAGCUGCUCAAGAACGUGGCCCGCGCGUCUGGCCGCGACGCCGACGAGCUGAGGCGCGUGUGGUGCCAGCCGACCUUCUCGAUCGCGAAUAUCUCGACGACGUCCGCGCCAAACAAGACUGUCAUCUCAAGAUGCGUGCAGGCGGAUAUUGCGAUGCGCAUUGUCCCCGACCAAGACAUCGACGAUAUUGUCGAAUGCCUCACCACCUACUGCCGCGACAAGUUUGCCGAGCUCAACUCGCCAAACAACCUGGAGGUGAAUGUGACGCACGCUGCGGCGUGGUGGCUGGCAAGCUUGGACAAUCCGUACUUCCGCGCUCUGGAGGACGCAGUGAAGGACGUUUGGGGCGUCGCCCCUCUCAAGAUCCGCGAGGGCGGCACAGUACCGACCAUGAGCUGGCUCGAGCGCGAGUUUGCUGCGCCCUGCGUUCAUCUGCCUCUAGGCCAGUCGUCGGAUGCGGGACACCUUGCCAAUGAGCGUAUCCGUCUUCUCAACCUGCGGAAUGGAAAGCGAGUCGUCGAGCGGUACCUUACGCGUCUGGCCGGGUUGUAGAGGGCAAAGGCAGAUAUGUAAUAGUGCACAUAGUCAUCAGCAUGGAUGAUCUGCCACUCUG